CAAGGAAGAUAUGAGUGCUCUCCUCGCUGCUCUCAGCUCUCUCCUGCUCCUGUUCUGCUGCCACAUCUGCCUUAGCCAAGCAAAUCGUCCUGCUGCUCCUGUCAAUGUCUCUGUCAGUCACCUGAGAGCAAACUCAGCCACCGUAUCCUGGAAUGUCCAAGAGGGGGAGGCUGUAAUUGGCUACGCCAUCUCCCAGCAGAGACAAGAUGGCCUUAUGCAGCGCUUCAUCAGGGAAAUUAACACCACCAGUCGUGCUUGUGUGCUAUGGGACCUAGAUGAAAAUACAGACUAUAUUAUUCAGGUGCAAUCUAUCGGGCUGCAUGGGGAGAGCCAAGCCAGCAAGAGGGUUCAUUUUCGAACCCUUGAAAAAUCAGACCACUUCCAGUCUAACAUGGUGGCUCAAGGUGACCCCUCAGUAGAAGGUCUUGAUAUUUCCAGGCACCUUCAGACCGGAGAGAUGUUAAUCAUUAUGACUGUGCUACUAAUGUGGGCAGCGGUGAUUGCUCUCUUCUGUAGGCAGUACGAGAUCAUCAAAGACAAUGACUCAAACAACCACAGUAAGGAGAAGACCAAACCCCUCUCUGUGCACAGCACUCCUGAUUACCAUAAUGGAGGGCUUCUAGGGAAUAAGAGGACACCAUCAGCAGUUAGCAUCAUUAAGGUCUGACCAGCACAUCGAUGCAGGAACUGGUCGAUCUGCUCCUAGAGAGAUCCACUAACUCAUUGUUCAAUAGUAAUAACAUCCAGCUCUGUGUAAUACACUGUAUUUCUGUACUACAUUACAGUAUGAAAUAAGCAGUAGGACAAUGUAAAUGUAGUAGCAUAGCAGUAGAAGAAGAUUGAUACAAAUUAAACAUCAAUUACUGUUUGUUUAAUCAUGAUUAACAGGUUUAAUUUAUCAGUGAAAGAGGCAUAACAUAAUCAGUGUUAUGUCCUGGAAUAAAUAUUAAAUAUUGAAAUCUGUUCAUAAUGAACAAAUAUAAAUUGUCUUUAGUUCUGCUACCUAUCCUCUAUGCAUAUAAAAAAUAUGAAACCUGCAGUUAGUAGUAACUUUAAUUGUGCAGAAAUGAACUUAUUUCCAUAGCAUCCCAAAUAGGUUGAAAUAAGAUACAAUUUUAUUAUCUUUACCAAAAAAAGCUACUGACAUGUUACACUUUUACUACACUUCUGCACUGCCAACAAAAAUACCUUAAAAAGUAUAUUUCUCACAUAGUAUUACCUACUACUUGAUAUACAGUAUUACAACUUUAUAACACGUCUGCUACAGCAAUCUCCAGGUUUAUAGAUAUAACUUGAGCUCAGUCUUUUACGAGAAUAAAUCUAGAAAGCCCACCUCUUAAUGUUUAGCUGCACUGAAAAAUAGCAUUGUAUUUCUGUUCUUUUGGGUGGUAGUGUGUAACCAUAGUCCUACAUUAUAUUACAAAAUGUGUUGUAUCUAAUGAACAUAUGGACAACACAUUAGAGACACUGUUUUGAUAGUAUAUGUUUGUCAGUUGGAAAAUAACGUUACAUUUGGCAUUUUGAGAAUGUUAUUGAUAGAGGAAUAUAGUAGAAUCAUGUUUAAACUGUUACAGUAGGACACUAAGUCAGGAUGCUUUCAUUAUCCCAUAACAUACAGCAUUAUAAUACAUAAGAGAAUUCAAUCAACUGUUGGCAUAAACAUUUAUAAUUUUAUAUCUACAUAGUAGCCGACAUUACUGCAAAUGUGUCAAAUUUGGAUUACAUAAAAAAAAAAACAACAACUAUCAACUCUGAACUCUGCUUGCCUGUUUGAUUGUACUCUGAAUAAAAUACAAAUAUGUCUUAUGGUAUCCUACUAGUAAUUUACAUAUAUGCAUACACAAACAUCCAUCCAUCCAUACAUUUUCUGUAGUGCUUAUCCUACACAGAGUCGUGGGGGAGCCAGGAAUCUAUCCCAGGGAACUCGGGAACACCCUGGAUUGGGUGCAACCCAUCGCAGGGGACAUUCGCACACCCAUUCACACACUAUGGACGAUUUGGAAACAAUGCAUGUCUUUGAACUGGGAAGGAAACUGGAGUACUUGGAGGAAACCCCUGAGGCACGGGGAGAACAUGCAGGUUCUGUGCACACAGGGCUGAGGCAGGAAUCAAACCACCAACCCCUGUAGUGGGAGGCAAGCGUGCUAACCACUAAGCCAGCCAUUUACAAAAACAUUAAUUAUGAUAAUAAGUGUAAUUAUUAAUUGCUAAUUAUGAAUAAGCUUUUCUGUGCACAAAAGACUACAUGAACUUAAAUAUAGAACUGAAAAGAUAUAGCCAC